AUGGUGUUGCAAGGGCAAAGCAUAUCUCCUUCCUCUUGGAAGAAAGACAGUACAGCAAUCAAUGGCAUUUCUGUUCUCAUCGAUCAGUUUUUACAGGAGGCCGUACAAAUCUUGGGGCAAGUUGACAAAGCCCUUCCUAUAAAGCAAAAAAACGUACCCGAUACACCACAGUCAGAAUCUGACAAUGACAAUAAUACAUCAAAAGACAGUAAGAAUAACACAAAUGACAGUGACGUUGGCAACAAUGACAAUGACGACGAUGCUAUUGUUUGGCAACUAAAUCUGACGCCGAGUAUGAUGACCUUGGAUACCAGUAUACUUACCGUGUCAGAUCUUGAAAAAGUACUCGAACUAAUACGAACGAAUGUCAGCCCAAGGCCGUCUAAACCGGAGGAUGUUAGCAAAAGCCGGUUGUUAAACAUUUCGAGUUCGUAUGAUAUACCCUAUCUUCGUCAAAUUGUUGCGUCCGUAUUACAAUUGUCAGCAAAGUGCAGUAUUCCCAUAGCAGAACAGCAGCAUGCUGCGCAGUACAACACUGUGCAAUUGAUGAGACAUUGUGUACAGAGUUUCAUUGAUUGUAGUUACUCUUUUUUUUUGGACCUGCCGAGCUUAGUCGCUGACACAGAAAUGAUUUUAAGCCAACCUGGCGCAGCGAGGGAGCAUACAGUGGAGACAUUACUGAUUUUGAGUAUUUGCACCAUUAUGAUCCGCCAUACUACUCUUCACCACCGAGGAGAUAUGUCAGUAGCGAAUAUUCUUAUGUUUUCUUAUUACACGCAGGCGCAUCAUUUAUUACAAGAUUUAUUCGAUGUUCAACACAUAUCCGUGCUGCAAUCUAUGUAUUUGUUAUCCAUCUUUCAUGAAGAACAUACGCAGCUAUUCUCACCCACUAAAUUCCCAUCAACUUUAUUGAAUAUGGCAAUAAGAAUGGCUUUAGCAAUGGAUUUGCAUAAAUUAGAUAUACAGAAUUCAAAAGAAUCAGAUCAAAAGGAAAAAUUAAGGCGAUUGGCAUGGAUGUUAUUGUGCGCUGACUAUUAUGCUCAGUGGAAUGUAUCAGGGCAUACCGGUUUUAUUGAUGUCUCCCAAUGGCAUGUUAAUUUUCCUCAACCUCUGCCUAAUGAGACCUUCGCACGACGCGUUGAAUUCUUCUCCCAAUAUUGCCGCGUCAUCACUAUUCGUAAAAUGGACCUAUUCAAGUCAGCUUAUUUAUAUACCCUCCAUUCUUUUGCUCAAACGUUAGAUGACGAUAACAAGUCAAAUUUGCACCUCUUCGAAACAUUUUUCAACACACCCGAUACCUUUAAACUGAACCUAGACAACCUCAAUCAAGCGUGGAAUAACAAAUCUUACCUGGAACCACUUCUUUUACACGAACUUUAUUGUCAUACCCAGCUUUUCGCUCAACUGCCAUUUUUGCCAAAAAGAUAUUUUGACAUAUUUUCGAGAAAAGAGGAUAAAGCAAGUAUCAAUGAUUUAAAGGAUAUCUGUCGACAAUUA